UGCUCUCCUUCCUAUUUCUUCUAAUGCUGAACAAAUGCGACUCCAAAGAGAACAGUUGGCUGUAAUGAAUUUUCUAGGAGGUCUUGCUCCAGCCUAUGAUACUGUUAGGUCUCAGAUUCUUGGAGGAGAGACUAUUGCGUCACUUAGGGAUACAUAUGCUAGAGUUCUUCGAGCAUCCCGUGGUUCUUCUCAGAGCACCACAGCUGUGGUUGAUAAUUCAGCUCUUGUUUCUCAAUAUCGAACUGGUGGAGGUAGGGGUGACGAAGGAAAUCGUGGAGGGUAUAAUGGUUGUGGUGGCCGUGGUGGUCGAAGCACAGGAAUAGGAAGAGGCCAAGGACAAAGGCAGCUUUAUGGAUCGGCCCAAACUACUGCUGAGAGCUCGGGGACUAUUCAAACUUGUCAUUAUUAUGGAAAACCUAGCCAUAUUCAAAAAUUUUGCUACAAGUUACAUGGUAGACCAGGACAGCAACAACAGUUUGCAAAUGCUGCAUCUGGCACUGACUCUUUGUCCCUACCACAGCCGUCACAAGGCAAUGUAGUGGUUAUGUCUGAUGAGGAAUUUGCACGGUACAACCAGUCUCAGAUUUCACUACCUACUUCGUCUUCCACUGCUACUCUAGUCCAGACAGGAUCUGGCUACGAAGAGGACGAUUGGUAAAGGACGUGAGGAAGGGGGACUGUAUGUGCUUGAAGACUCAACUUCCUUUGCAUGUUCUGGUGUUACUUCUCUACAUCAGAUCCAUUGUCGUCUUGGUCAUCCUUCUCUACACAGUCUUCAGAGAUUGAAUUCCAGUUUUAAAUCUAUUUCUAGUUUAGAGUGUGAGUCAUGCCAACUUGGCAAAUUACAUCGUAUUAGUUAUCCGCCUCGAGUCAUUAAACGAACAGAGUCUCCAUUUUUGUUAGUUCAUUCAGAUGUUUGGGGUCCAUGUCAUGUGACUUCCAAGUUGGGUUUUAGAUGUUUCGUUACUUUUGUUGAUGACUAUUCCAGAGUUACUUGGUUAUAUCUAAUAAAAAAUCGUUCUUAGUUGUUUUCUAUAUUUCGCGCAUUUAUAUCUGAAAUCUUUACUCAGUUUGGUGUGCAUGUUAAAGUGUUGCGUUCUGAUAACGCUAAGGAGUACUUUUCUGCACCUUUUUCUGAUUUUAUGACACAGCAUGGUAUGAUUCAUGA